CUUUUGCAGCUUCGAACUCUCCUUGUCUUCCAUUCCGUUCUCUCUUUUAAUGCAGGAGUUCAAUUGGGCUGCUGGGACUGUUUGCCAUACUGGGACACUAUGAGUUCGGCUCAGAAAGACUCCAACCUUACUCGCGCUGCUCGAUAUGCCGUGCCAUUCUUUCUGUUGCUGAUCCCAGUCUGGAAAACGAAGGUCAGCUCUGAGAUCCCUGAGCCGUAUCUGGACGAGGUUUUCCAUGUGGGCCAGGCUCAAGCAUAUUGGGCUCAUAAAUGGACGCAAUGGGAUCCCAAGAUAACGACGCCUCCAGGGCUCUACCUCUGGUCGUACAUCUUAUGUGCCGUGCUGCUCUCCAUCCGUGGCUCCCCGACUGAACUCACCACCGACGUUCUGCGCACCACAAAUGUGGCUGCGACAUCGAUUCUUCUUCCCUGGAGACUUCAGACUUUACUGGACUUCCUACGAGGAGCACGCAACACCCGUCCGAUUGGCUCUAGAUUGAGCCAUACUGUGUUGAACAUUUGCCUCUUCCCGCCACUGUUCUUCUUCUCGGGCCUCUACUACACUGAUAUUCUUGCUCUUCUGCUCGUCGUCGAAGCCUAUAACUGGGAUAGUAAACGAACUUCGGGAAAGGGGUCAAAUCCAUUGCAGAAUCUGGUCUUUCUGCUGUUCGGACUGCUUGCCCUUGUGUUCAGACAAACGAAUAUUUUCUGGGUUUCGGUGUUCUUAGGUGGACUGCGGAUUGUCAGGAGCCUGCGUCAGUCUUCAACUGACUGCGAAUCUUCCAAUUUCAAGGAAAUCGCGACCAGAAGUUCAAAGAAACAACUGUACGACCCGCCUGUAGCCGGCGCUUCCGCCACUGAUUACUUGAGGACCGCUAUGUCGCUCACAGUAGCUGCUCUGAGCAACAUUCCCUCUGUCGUUGUUUCGGUCUUCCCGUAUCUCAUCAUCCUAGCUGCCUUUGGUGGGUUCGUACUGUGGAAUAAUGGAGUUGUCUUGGGGCAUAAAGAGUUCCACACUGCAAGUCUGCACUUUUCCCAAAUGCUCUAUAUUUGGCCAUACUUCUUUUUUUUUUCUUGGCCGCUAAUUCUGUUUCCUCUGGUCAACUUGCUUCUCCCCAACACUUAUGUUCCAAAGUUUCUGAACUAUGGCUUUCCCAAGAAACAGAAGGGGCUGCCAGCUCUCUUGACGAUCCUCGUUGUAGUCCCAAUCAUGCUGCUCAUUGUUCAUUUCAACACGAUCGUCCAUCCGUUCACCCUCGCCGAUAACCGCCAUUACAUCUUCUAUGUCUUCCGUAUCCUUCUCGGAUAUCAUUGGGCAGUGAAGUACUUUGUGGUUUUGAUCUACUUCAUCUGUGCUUGGGCUGUAAUUUCCGCAUUUGGUUUCAGCACUAUCGCACCACCUCCACGUCUCAUGCAAGUUCCAUCUUCGCCGCCGGUUGCUCCUACAAAAUCGGAGCAGAAAGAGAGCAAGAAAAAGCAGAAGACUAGUCGCAGGGCUGUUUCUACUAAAAAGGCUAACCCGAAUACGGACAUGCAACCUAUUUCCCCGGAAGUCAUGGCUAAAAUCCAGGCGCAUAUCCUACAGCGACAGAGGGGCCAACUUAUGCCUCCUCGGGUUAGUUUCGUUCUCGUCUGGCUUGUUUCUACAGCACUCAGUCUUGUUACUGCACCUCUUGUCGAACCGCGUUACUUCAUAAUCCCCUGGGUCAUGUGGAGGAUACACCUACCACCGCAGCCGACCCUGUCGGUAUAUCGUCAGCAAUGUCCAAGUGGUGAAAUGGAGAUUACACGUGCGAAAUUUGUCCAAAAUAUCCCUAUAUUCCUGGAAACACUGUGGUUCCUAUUCAUCAACGCAGUCACGGGAUAUGUGUUUUUAUAUGAAGGCUUUGAAUGGCCGCAAGAGCCGGGCAAGGUCCAGAGGUUUAUGUGGUAGUUCAAUCGGGCUACGAAUUCCUUAGAUAGGUUUACAUUCUCCCUAACAUGUAUUGGUACUUAGUAUUCUGCCUUGCUCGAGAUGUUCCGAGGUUGAAAGAAAAAGAAAUGUCUAUUUGCAGCAAAUAUGGCAUUAUAGAUAGUAAUUUAAAUAUAGAUAUUGCAUUGCAC